AGCGCGGCCGGGCGACGGACGGGGACGGACCGGUGUCCGAGCUGACUGCAGGGUCGGCGCUGCCGCGGCCAUGCGCUGGCCGCCGCCGCUGCCGCUGCUGCUGCUGCUACUGACGGCUGGGCCAACGGCAGCCGUCCAAAAACAGGUCAAAAUCGUGGGUCUGUUCGACUCUGGCAGCGCUCGCCAGGCCGCCGCCUUUCGUUACGCCGUGGAUCGGGUGAAUGCCGAUCCCACGGUACUGCCCAAUGUCCGGCUGGUGGCCAGCAUUCAGAGGAUACCGCUACUGGACAGCUUCCAGGCGUCCAAACGAGUGUGCGCUCUGAUGGAGCAGGGCGUGGCGGCCAUAUUCGGGCCGCAGACCGCCUCCACAUCAGCGCACGUGCAGAGCAUCUGCGACGCCAUGGAGAUGCCGCACAUCGAGACACGCUGGGACUACCGGCUCAAGCGGGACGACUACUCGGUCAACGUCCAUCCGCACCCUGCCUCACUCAGCAAGGCGUACGAAUCCCUGAUCCGCUACUGGAACUGGAAGACGUUCACGGUCAUCUACGAGGACAUCGACGGCUUGGUGCGGCUGCAGGAGGUGCUGAAGGCGCCCUCCUCCUCCGAGUUCAAGAUCACACUGCGGCAGCUGCCGGCCGACUCCACCGACUACCGGCCGCUGCUCAAGAGGAUCAAGAAGAGCGGCAACACGCGGAUCGUGCUCGACUGCCGGCUGCUGGUGUUGCGUCCGAUCCUGGACCAGGCGCUGGAGAUCGGCAUGAUGAACCAGUACUUCAGCUACCUCAUCACCUCGCUGGACGUGCACAGUGUUGACCUGGAGGCAUUCCGCCACCUGGGCACCAACAUCACGGCCCUGCGGCUGGUGGACCCGGCGCAGGCUGUGGCCUCCGACCUGCUCCAGGACUGGCUGCAGGACCCCCUGCCCGCGCACAACGGCUAUGUAGCGAUGCAUCUCAAUAUCCUGCCGUUCUUUCAGACGGAGACGGCUCUGAUGUAUGACGCCGUUCGGGUGUUUGCGCACGCCCUACACGCCUUUAACGAGAAGCUGACGGUGCGUCCGCUGAGCUGCCAGGCGGAGAACAGCUGGGCCGAGGGCAACUCACUGGUCAACUUCAUCAAACUGGUGCGCACGGGCGGACUCACCGGCACGAUCGAGUUCGACCGCGAGGGUUUCCGGACCGAGUUCACACUUGACAUUGUGGAGCUGCUCCAGGACGGGCUGAAGAAGGUCGGCUACUGGACGCUCGCAUCCGGCGCCAACUACACACGCAGCUACGGAGAGAAGAUACGCGAGAUCGAGCACAGCCUCUGGAAUAAGACGCUCAAAGUCAUCAUGGCUCUGAACGAGCCGUAUGUGAUGAUGGUGAACGAAUCCGACCCGACGCUCACUGGCAACGCCCGCUUCGAGGGCUUCUGUGUCGACCUGGUGAACGAGAUCGCCCGGCUGCGCAACUUCAGCGUCGAGUUUGACCUGGUGGAGGGCGGCAGCUACGGGGGCAUCGACCCCGUGACCGGCAAGGCCAGCGGCAUGGUCAAGGCCCUGCUGGAACAGAAAGCUGACCUGGCCAUAACGGACCUUUCAAUCACAUACGAGAGGGAGCAGGUGCUGGACUUCAGCAUGCCGUGGAUGACACUUGGUAUCGGCAUUUUGUACAAGAAGCCAACCAACGAGCCUCCACCGCUGUUUUCGUUUCUGGCGCCGCUCUCCCUGGAAGUGUGGCUGUACAUGGCCACCGCCUACCUGGGCGUCUCCGUGCUGCUCUUCAUCCUGGCCAGGUUCAGUCCAUACGAGUGGGAUAACCCUCACCCGUGCCGGGAGGACCCGGACGUGCUGGAGAACCAGUUCAGCCUGCUCAACUCCCUCUGGUUCACCAUCGGCUCGCUGAUGCAGCAGGGAUCCGACAUCGCGCCUAAAGCGAUAUCUACCCGUAUGGUGGCUGGUAUGUGGUGGUUCUUCACGCUAAUCAUGAUAUCAUCGUACACUGCUAACCUGGCUGCGUUUCUGACGGUUGAGAGAAUGGUCUCUCCUAUUGAAAGCGCUGAAGACUUGGCCAAACAGACUGAUAUCAAGUAUGGGGCUCUAGCCACUGGUUCCACGAAAAACUUCUUCCGGGACUCAAAGAUCGCCUCGUACCAGCGCAUGUGGUCGUUCAUGCAGUCGGCCCGGCCGUCAGUAUUCGUCAACAGCGGCGCCGAGGGCGUGGAACGGGUCAAGAACGAGCGCUACGCCUACCUGAUGGAGUCGCCUCAGCUCGAGUACGUGGUGGAGAGGAACUGCGACCUACAACAGGUCGGCGGCCUGCUGGACACCAAGAGCUACGGCAUCGCCCUGCCGCCCGGUUCGCCGUACACAUCAACAAUCAGCACGGCGAUACUGAUACUGCAGGAGAACGGCACCUUACACCUUCUGAAGACGAGGUGGUGGAAGGAAAAGGGAGGCGGCAAAUGUAAGAAAGACACCAAGGCGGGCACCAACUCUGCCAACGAGCUCGGCCUCGACCACGUCGGAGGCGUGUUCGUCGUGCUGCUCUGCGGCAUGGCCGCCGCCUGCAUGAUCGCCAUCUGCGAGUUCGUCUGGAAGUCGCGCAAGCUGGCGCACGAAGACCAUGUGUCGCUGUUUGGCGAGAUGGCGCGCGAGGUGCGGUUCGCGCUGCGCUGUCAGAGCACCUCGAAGCCGGCGCGCCGGCCGGCGGCGCUGCCCUCUGAGAUGCUGACGGGCUGGUCGCCGCCGCCGCCGCCGGCGAUCGCCUGACGCGGGCCGGCGGGGGCGGCCACCACCGCCGCCGCCGUGCCCGACCUGACCUGCACGCUGCACGGGCCGCCGUUCGGGCUGCGCAGCCCGGCAGAGCGGCCGCCCGCCGGCUACCUGGGCUCCGACUCACCGCCGGACGGCUUCUGACCCGAGCGAGACCGCCGCCGGCACCGCUGAUGUGGCGUCAGCGGACUGUACCCUCAUGUGAUGUCAUCAGUCGAGUAACGACGGCCGAGCACGUCACAAUUUCUGUUUUUUUUUUUUUUACCCAGCAGUAAAUAUUUAUGACCUGUAUCAGCAAGAUCUGAGGGGCAUCGAUAUUUCAUGAAUGAACGUUUUUUCGUUACCCUGUCAGAAUGCUGUUUCCCUCCAAACACAUGCGAGAUGUCCUGAAAAAUCAGAUAUCCUCUCCAGUCUCCAGCCAAGCCUCCUGCCGAUUUUGGGCCUCAUUCAUUUGAACUAUGGAUGGCAUGUUAUCUGAGCCUGACAUUAACACGCGCACCGACGGGGGUCUGCGCCAACUUCGUACCGACGG